UAAUUUUCUUUCAUGUAGUGAUAAGAAGCGAGUGAAGGAAAACAAAACUCUGAGAGAGAGAGAGCGCGCGAGAGAGAUGCAAGCACAGUGUAUCUCGACAAAAGUGUCUGUUAUAGUAACCCCUCGCCACCGCAACCGUCGUCAACUAUGCCUCAUCUUCUCCCCGCCGCCUCCUUACAGUCUCACAGUGUCGCCGGAAAACAAUCUUCUCCGUCGCCGGAAAAAUUCGACAGUCACUCAUGUUUCCUCCUCGUCAGCAUCUGAGAAGCCUAACCAGAGUGAUGAACAAAGAAAAGGCUCGGAUCUUCAAACACUUGCCAGGAGGUUCUGGAAAGUAGCAGCUCCGUAUUGGUAUUCGGAUGAUGACAAGAAGCAAGCUCGAUUACAGCUUGCUGCUGUCUUCGCCUUAACUUUUGCUACUACUGGAAUCAGCGUUGGAUUCAAUUUCCUCGGUCGUGAUUUCUACAAUGCCCUUUCCAAUAAGGACCAAGAACAAUUCACCAAGCAAUUGCUUUACUACCUUGCCAGUUUUGCUGGAGGAAUUCCGGUUUUUGUGCUUAGAGAUUAUGCUAAAGAUACCCUUGCUUUGAGAUGGAGAUCAUGGAUGACCACCUAUUACAUGGAACGCUAUCUGAAGAAUCAAACCUUUUACCAAAUACAGUCUCAAUCUAUAAUUGAUAAUCCAGAUCAGCGAAUUGUAGAUGAUUUAAGUUCCUUUACAGGGAUUGCACUUUCAUUCUCUUUGACACUCUUCAAUUCUGCAGUGGACUUGAUAUCUUUUAGCAAUAUUCUAUUGGGCAUUUAUCCGCCACUAUUUGUCAUUCUUCUGGUGUAUUCAAUUGGUGGAACAGCUAUUAGUGUUUUCCUUGGGAGGGGACUAGUCACCUUAAAUUUUUUGCAAGAGAAAAAAGAAGCAGACUUUCGCUAUGGACUUGUGCGAGUUCGAGAAAAUGCUGAAUCGAUUGCCUUUUAUGGUGGAGAGGAAAAUGAAUUGCAACUACUGCUGCAGCGCUUCAGAAGUGCCUUUGAAAAUUUAACUCAAUUGUUGAUAUCUUCCAGAAACCUGGAGUUCUUCACCAAUGGAUACCGCUAUCUGAUUCAAAUUCUUCCCGCUGCAGUUGUUGCGCCAUUGUAUUUCGCUGGAAAAAUUGAUUUUGGAGUCAUCAAUCAGUCUGUAUCUGCAUUUAACCAUAUUCUUGGAGAUUUCUCCCUUAUUGUGUUUCAGUUUCAGUCAAUCAGUGCCUUUUCAGCUGUUAUUGACCGUCUAGGUGAAUUUGAUGAUGUUCUGGAUAGUGGAAGUUCUAAAUCUUCUGAGGACUCCUUGAUAGAAAUUCAACUUUCAUAUGACAAUGUCAAGAAGUUAACCUUACCAGAAGUUAAUGGAUCCAUGCCCCUCGAUGACAAUGAGAAGUUGUUGGUCAUAGAAAAUUUGACUGUACAGACACCUACAAAAUCUGUACUUGUCAAAGACUUGUCACUGCAGAUAAAUGAGAAGGAUCAUCUUCUGGUUACCGGACCAAGUGGGAGUGGUAAGACUUCAUUGCUAAGAGCUAUCGCUGGUCUCUGGAGUACUGGUAAGGGAAGCAUCAGAUUCUAUGGGAAGACUGCUGUGGAUUCUAGCAUACCCCCUUCUUCAGAUUCAACUCCUCUAAUACCAAGUGCUCCAACCAAUUCCAGUGGAAAUCUAGAAAGACCUAAUUCUAGAGGAGUAUUUUUCCUUCCACAGAGACCAUAUAUGGUUUUAGGAACACUUGCUCAACAGUUGCUUUAUCCUACAUGGACAGAGGAAUUCUCUUCCACACCUGACACUGCCAAGUCAGCUGGUUCACUGCCGUUCCUUGUUCGGGCAGCACAGGUAGACUCUGCCAAAAUAAAAUCUCCGAAGCCCACAUCAGAUGAAUUACUCCAAGUCCUAAAAGAUGUUAAGAUUGAGUACAUAUUAUCCCGCUUUUCUCUUGAUUCUACGUGUGAGUGGUCAAGUGUCCUUUCUCUUGGUGAGCAGCAACGUCUUGCAUUUGCACGCCUCUUGCUAUCGAAGCCAUACUUGGUUCUACUUGAUGAAUCUACAAGUGCUCUAGAUGAAGCUAACGAGGAGCACUUGUACAAGCAAAUUGAAGCUGCAGGAAUAACCUACAUAAGUGUUGGUCAUCGAACAUCUCUUUAUAAACACCAUAACAAGAGACUAUGCAUAUCUCCUGCAGACCCUGAUAGUGACGAGCAGAAGUGGUUUAUCGAGUCCAUCAUCAAAGAACCUAUACCCAGCCCAACAAGAUUGUAGCCUCACUAUACAAUGGACUACAUUUCGGCAGAUAGCAGCUGUCUAGCCUGAUUAGUUAGAUCUCAAAGGCGCAUCGGUUACAUAAUCAAAACCAAAGGAUGAUAAGAAAACAGAACAGCUCUAGUAUAGGGUUUUUAUUUUUGAGAACCAAAAUAUAGAUCAGAUGAAUGGGAUAUUGACCACGGAUAAACUCUAUGUAAAAAAUUGGUUGGACUUUGUUGAACAGUCUUAAAGUUAUGUAUAACAGUUGAAGUUGUUUUAUGGUAAACUGAUGAAUUGUGAUGGCA